AUGCCGCGCCCGCGGGGAGCCGGCGGGAGUCAGAGGCCACAGGCAGCAAGUGCGAGAGCAACCACGGCGGCGAGUCCCACCUGGGCCACACCUGCAGCUGCCCGUGCACCGCCUUCCAUUGGCUGGAACGCGGUCCCGCCCAUCCACUUCCGGGAAAUCCCCGCCCCGCGCUGCACUUCCGGGUCAGGCAUGCCAGGCCGCCCCGUCAACCCGGUCCACUCGGCCCACUCCAACGCGGCCCACCCGGCCCACCCGGCCAGUCCCACCGACCCAGUCAACCCGGCCAAUGCGGCCCCAGCGGCCAACGCGGCCAACCCCGCCAACCCGGCCACCCUUACUACCCCCUCCAACCCCGCGUCCCAGCAGACUUUGGAGCCGCACUCGCGGGGCACAGGGACCCCCGAUAGCCGAUCCGAAACGGCCGUGACCACUGCGGAAGUAUAUAAAAUCAACUUUAUCUUUCCAAAUGGAGACAGGUAUGACGGUGACUGUAUACGAACAUCCUCUGGAAUCAUUGAGAGAUAUGGGAUAGGUGUUCACACGACUCCUAACGGAAUUGUCUACAGAGGAAGCUGGAGAGACGACAAGAUGAAUGGUUUUGGGAGACUUGAGCAUUUUUCAGGAGCAGUGUAUGAAGGACAGUUUAAGGACAAUAUGUUUCAUGGACCAGGAACUUACAUCUUUCCAACAGGGGCAAAAUACAUUGGGUUAUUCAAUGAAAACAGGGUGGAAGGUGAAGGGCAGUUUACUGACAUCCGGGGACUGGAAUGGUGUGGUAAAUGUCACUUCACAGCUGCUCCUGGCCUCAGGCUAAAACUCCACAUGUAGAUGUUCUGCAUUCAAAUUUUGAUGUGGUAGUUGAAACUUGAAGUUGUAAGAAUGAUUAAAUUUGUCUCCUGAAA